GUGCGCCUGCGCGGGCUGAAGGCGGGGGCGGUGCCAUGACGCGCCUCGGGGGCGGUCCUCGGGCGCGCGCCGCUCUCUUACCCUCAGGCCUCAGAAGUCCGUGCCAGUGACCGGAGGCGGCGGCGGCGAGCGGUUCCUUGUGGGCCAGAAGAAUCCUGCAAAAAUGUCUCUCUAUCCAUCUCUCGAAGACUUGAAGGUAGACAAAGUAAUUCAGGCUCAAACUGCUUUUUCUGCAAACCCUGCCAAUCCAGCAAUUUUGUCAGAAGCUUCUGCUCCCAUCCCUCACGAUGGAAAUCUCUAUCCCAGACUAUAUCCGGAGCUCUCUCAAUACAUGGGGCUGAGUUUAAAUGAAGAAGAAAUACAUGCAAAUGUGGCCGUGGUUUCUGGUGCACCACUUCAGGGGCAGUUGGUAGCAAGACCUUCCAGUAUGAACUAUAUGGUGGCUCCUGUAACUGGUAAUGAUGUUGGAAUUCGUAGAGCAGAAAUUAAGCAAGGGAUUCGUGAAGUCAUUUUGUGUAAGGAUCAAGAUGGAAAAAUUGGACUUAGGCUUAAAUCAAUAGAUAAUGGUAUAUUUGUUCAGCUAGUCCAGGCUAAUUCUCCAGCCUCAUUGGUUGGUCUGAGAUUUGGGGACCAAGUACUUCAGAUCAAUGGUGAAAACUGUGCAGGAUGGAGCUCUGAUAAAGCGCACAAGGUGCUCAAACAGGCUUUUGGAGAGAAGAUUACCAUGACCAUUCGUGACAGGCCCUUUGAACGGACGAUUACCAUGCAUAAGGAUAGCACUGGACAUGUUGGUUUUAUCUUUAAAAAUGGAAAAAUAACAUCCAUAGUGAAAGACAGCUCUGCAGCCAGAAAUGGUCUUCUCACAGAACAUAACAUCUGUGAAAUCAAUGGACAGAAUGUCAUUGGAUUGAAGUAAGAAACAGACUUUGUGCCAUGUUCUGCUGCAGUUUUAGAAAAUGUUUGUCUUUUGACUAUAUUUAGGUGGCGCUGUUUUCAUAUUGACUUAAGUGGGAGAUGGGGAAUGUGGGGCCUGAGCUCUUGCUCUGGCCAGUCACCAGAAUUAUUUGGGCUGUUAUCUAGAACUACAGUUCCUAUAACAAGGGGGCUGGAAUAAAUGAUCUCAGAAGUACGUCAUACUAGAAUUCUAUAGAAAUACGGGCAACAGAGAUUUGGAAUAUGAAUAGUUGCCCAGCAUUUCUCAAUCCAGGAAUAUAAGGAAAUGAAUAAUAGUUUUGGUUCAUAUUAAUACUUUAUUUUUAUAGUUUUUCUCCACAAAUUCCUAAAUAAGUCUGUCUUAAGGUCAAAAAGUUUUAAGCAUGACCUCCUCAUUUCAUAGAGUUUGAUUUCACAGUUAACUAAGAGGAGAUGGUAGUAUUGUAUAUGGGGAAAAUUAAUAUUCAGAAAUGAAAAGUUUUUUUUUGGUUAAAAUAUUCAACUCAGUUUACUUAAGCAAUUUGGUUACUAGCUGUAAAAUAGUGUACAAUUAAACUUGGUAAGAAAUACUAGAAAAAAUUAGAAAUACCAAGCAGGAUUUUAGAGAUACUAACAAAACAUAACAGGACAUAUAUUUUGUAUUUCUUUACUAAGCUGGCAUAGUUUUGUAUUUAUUAAUAAAGCCUCUGUGGAAUUAAUUUUUAAUAUGUGUUUUUAUCAGGACUCUCAAAUUGCAGACAUACUGUCAACAUCUGGGACUGUAGUUACUAUUACAAUCAUGCCUGCUUUUAUCUUUGAACAUAUUAUUAAGCGGAUGGCACCAAGCAUUAUGAAAAGCCUAAUGGACCACACCAUUCCUGAGGUUUAAAAUUCAUGGCACCAUGGAAAUGUAGCUGAACGUCUCCAGUUUCCUUCUUCGGCAACUUCUGUAUUAUGCACGUGAAGCCUUCCCGGAGCCAGCGAGCAUAUGCUGCAUGAGGACCUUUCUAUCUUACAUUAUGGCUGGGAAUCUUACUAUUUCAUCUGAUACCUUGUUCAGAUUUCAGAAUAGUUGUAGCCUUAUCCUGGUUUUACAGAUGUGAAACUUUCAAGAGAUUUACUGACUUUCCUAGAAUAGUUUCUCUACUAGAAACCUGAUGCUUUUAUAAGCCAUUGUGAUUAGGAUGACUGAUACACAGGCUUAGCUUUGUGUGAAAACCAGUCACCUUUCUCCUAGGUAAUGAGUAGUGCUGUUCAUAUUACUUUAGUUCUAUAGCAUAUUUGCAUUUUUAACAUGCUACCAUAGUACAUUUAGAAUGAUUGCCUUUGAUUUUUUUAAAAAAUUGUGUGUGUGUGUGUGUGUGUGUGUGUGUGUGUGUGUGUGUAAAAUGCCAAUUAAGAACACUGGUUUCAUUCCAUGUAAGCAUUAAACAGUGUAUGUAGGUUUCAAGAGAUUGUGAUGAUUCUUAAAUUUUAACUACCUUCACUUAAUAUGCUUAAACUGUCGCCUUAACUGUGUUAAGCAUCUAGACUAAAAGCCAAAAUAUAAUUAUUGCUGCCUUUCUAAAACCCAAAAUGUAGUUCUCUAUUAACCUGAAAUGUACACUAGCCCAGAACAGUUUAAUGGUACUUACUGAGCUAUAGCAUAGCUGCUUAGUUGUUUUUGAGAUUUUUUAGUCAAUGCAUAAUGGAAACUUCUUUCUUCUAAAAGUUGCCAGUACCACUUUGUGAGAAGUGAAUCACUAUAUGUAAUGUAAAAGUUACUACACUUAACAGAAUAAACUUUUGACUCCCCUUUUGUUCAUUUGUGGAUUAAGUGGUAUAAUACUUAAUUUUGGCAUUUGACUCUUAAGAUUAUGUAACCUAGCUACUUUGGGAUGGUCUUAGAAUAUUUUUCUGAUAACUUGUUCCUUUUCCUGACUCCUCCUUGCAAACUAUCCUGAUUUUUUUCUUCUUUUUGGUUUAUGUCUAGUCUGAUUAAAUAUGUAUACAUAAAGUUACGUUUUAGUCUGUCU